CUCCACUGGAAGCGGCUCUCCGGCUCAGACUCCCCGCAGGAGGACCAGUGGGCGGACCGGUGAGAGGAAAGUUGACAGAAACCAGCAGCAGGAAUCCCGCCGAACUCCGCGGAACCGACGCUUUCUGACGGUAAACAGCUCUCCGACGGCCGCUAACGGAAUAAAAGGAACCGCGAAAACGGAGGACAAGGUGCGGACUCAGCGGCCACAGGUAGCCCCAGCUGUCUGGAGGGUCAUGCGGAUCUCUGAGCUGUGAACCGCCGCAGACGAAGAGAACGAAGCCGCCACCAGAGGGAGGACCGACGGACGGAGGAGGAGAGCCAGCAUGUCCCGGAGAAAGCAGAGCAAACCCCGGCAGAUUAAACGUUCCCAUGGGGAUCUGGACGGCGGAGAGGAAAACACAGCGGACACGCCGAGCCUAUCAGGCGAGGAGGGCGGAGCCUCGGAUCCAGAGGAUUCAGCAGAAGGAGACAGCUGCAGCCCGCCAUCGUACACGGCGCUCUACAACGAAGAGUCAGGGAUGCAGGACUCAGGAGGAGGACCCGACGAUGACGAUGGCGAAGGGGAGGAGCCGGCUGCUAUGCAGAGCGGCGGCGAGGAGGAGGAGGCAGUGGAGGAAGAGGACGAAGUGUUACAGUGGAGAGGUCCAGAUGAGCUGCAGCUGAGCGAUGAAGAUGGUGGCAGCAGCGUGGUGGCGGUCAGAGACCUGCAGCCCGACACCGUCUGGGGCCCGGUGCCAGGAAUCCUCCAAUCAGACGGCAGCACAGAGAACUCGGCGCUGACUCUGCUCUGUGAACAGGCAGACUGCUGGAUUAACCGCCUUCCUCUGACCUCUGACCCUUCGGCAGCAAACUGCAGCAUCUACAGCCGAGGUGAGGAGCUGUUCUGUAAGGUCACCACAGAGGUCAGGGCCGGUGGAAAGCUCCUAGCUUCUCUGUCGCCGCGUCCGCCUUCCUCCUCCUCUUCCUCCCUGGCGGCCCAGCUGUCUCCUCCACUGCAGCCAGCGGUGAAGGAGGAGCCUCUGUACCCGGCGGCGCUGCGCUCCGACAUCCAGCUGCUUCCCCAGCAGGCCGGCAUGGCGGCCAUCUUGGCGACCGCCGUGGUCAACAAGGAUAUUUUUCCAUGCAAAGACUGUGGGAUCUGGUACCGCAGUGAGCGGAACCUGCAGGCCCACCUCAUGUACUACUGCGCCAGCCGGCAGAAGCAGCCGGCUGCGGCCUCUUCGCCCCCGCAGGACAAGCCCAAAGAGUCGUACCCCAACGAGCGCAUCUGCCCGUUCCCACAGUGCAACAAAAGCUGCCCCAGCGCCAGCUCUCUGGAGAUCCACAUGCGCACACACAGUGGUGAGCGUCCGUUCGUUUGUCUCAUCUGCCUUUCAGCCUUCACCACUAAAGCGAACUGUGAGCGCCAUCUUAAGGUCCACACAGACACACUAAACGGCGUCUGUCACGGCUGCGGCUUCGUCUCCACCACCAGAGACAUCCUCUAUAGCCACCUGGUCACCAGCCACAUGGUGUGCCAGCCGGGAUCUCGCAGUGAGGUCUACUCUCCAGGACCAGGCCUUCCUAAACUGCCCCUCUCCACCGGUCUAAGCCCCGGAGACUCUGGUGUGGUGCUCAAGUGUCAGGUUUGCGGCCAUAACUCUGACUCACCCGCCCAGCUGCAGCAGCAUGUUCGGACCCACCUGGAGGUCAGGGUCCCAGCUGAAAGGAGCCCCACACCUCGCCAGAGCACCCCUUUGUCGGCCGAGCAGCCCCAACUGUCCCCACAUGAGAGGGAACCACUAGCUUGUGUUCCCAAACCAGAUUCAUCAAGUCCAGGAGCAAACGGGGGAUCAGCAACGCCUCGAGACUUCAGUUCUCCUGAUGCUCAGACUUCAGAGCUGAAGAUCAAGGAGGAGCCGCAGUCAGAGUCUGAGACGGAGGAGCAGCAGAUGGAGAUGAAAGAGGAUGGGGAGGAGGAGGGUGUUGGUGGAGAGGAUCCGGAUCAAGAAGUACGAAAGACGACAAAGGAAGAGCCAACUAUGAACUCUUCUUGUCAAACACCAAACUCUCCAAAGAGUCCCCCUAACCCAACCGUCAAAGCCGAACCAACCAGUCCUACUCCUGGUUCCAGUCCUGCCCACGUUGGAGGAACAAGUUCAGGCGUUGCAGGAGGAUCAAUCUUCCUUCCCCAGUACAUGUUCAACCCUGAAGCAGCCAUCCUGCCACAGGCAUCAGAGAUCCUGGCAAAGAUGUCCGAAAUGGUCCACAGUCGGCUGAAACAGGGCCAGGCGGUCGUUCAGAGCAACCCGGCCGCCUUCUUCACCUCCGGACCUACCGCGGCUGCAGCUGCAUCCACUGCCACUCCACCCCAGAAAGGAGCCACCUGCUUUGAGUGCGACAUCACCUUCAAUAACAUCAACAACUACUAUGCACAUAAAAGGCUUUACUGCUCCAGCAGACACCAGGGAGAGGGCCCAAGUUCGGCUUCAGGGUCUGGAGUCUCUGCGCCGGCAGCUUCUGGCGGACUUCCCAGCUCGUCUCCUCAGAUUGGAGCAUCAAGCAGAGCCGCGUCCGUCUCUCCAACGAACUCUGAGCCUCCUGCAGGAACCGGAGUGGCAGAAUCUAAGAGGCUGGUUGAGGUAAAGACAGAAACUCCUGCAGGGAAAGAAGGAGUGUCGUCCUCUUCAGAGGGUGAAGGUGGUGGAGGAGGAAGGGCAAGCGAAGGCAGUCAAAGUCCUGCCAGCGGUUCUACAGAGGACAUGGAAGAUGAUCCUAACAAAACCUUCUGCGAGGCCUGCAACAUCCGCUUCAGCCGUCAUGACAACUACACCAUUCACAAACGGUUCUACUGCGCGUCUCGCCAUGACCCAACCAACCAGCGGGCCACCCACAUGUCCAAGAGCUCCAACACCGCGGCCUUCCUUCCUCAGCCCAUCCGCACUCGCAAGAGGAAAAAGAUGUACGAGAUCCACAUGGCUCGAACAGAGGCGCUAGCUAACGCCGCCGCCGCUGCCACCACCUCCGCAGCUUCUGCUCCCUCUCCUUCCGUUCUGGGUUUGGUGGUGAAGCAGGAAGUAUCUCCUGGCGGUGCGGGUGGCUCCAGCCCCGAAGGAGACGGCCCCAUAGACCUGAGCAAGAGACCUCGUUUGAGGGAGACUCCUCGGCACAACAGUGGCGGCGGUAUUCUCCCGGCGCUUCCUCUAACCGAUUACCACAAGUGCACCGCCUGCAGCAUCAGCUUCAACAGCAUUGAGAACUACCUGGCCCAUAAGACCUACUACUGCCCGGCCACCACUCUGCAGCCCCACACCCUGGAGCAGCUUCACAGGCUCAAGAGGUCGGCCUCCACUUCCCCUAAGAGCAGACCCCAACAGGAGCGGCUGGACCUCCUUCAUCCUGCUGAGGCUAAAGCUUUGCCUGCUGAGUGGGUCGCCCAGGGUCAAGGGGGCUCCCCCAGCCCUCGCCCCUCUGCCUUACCCGCUUCUGGUGCUGCAUCUCCCUCGCAUGCAACACUUGCAGCCACUCCAGGAGCCGGAGCUAAAGGAGCGGCUGCCAGUUCCUCCCUAGCGGUCUGCCCAUACUGUCCGAACCGGCCCAUCACCUGCGACCUGGUGGAGCACUUCAAGACCACCCAUGGGCUGGUCUUAACCGUUCAGCCUCCGGCGGAGACCCCGCCGCGGCCCGGCAGGGCGGUCAGCCGCAGCCCAAGCCUCAGUCCCAGGGAUGGGGUCACCGGCGCCACCACCCCCACCAACCAGGCCAAGAUGGCCUCCCGAGUCCACAGAGACAGCGUUAACGGACAGACCUGCAGCGGCGCUACUUCCCCUGCGUCCCCGCAGGUGAACGGCAGCCCGUCAGUUGGGGGAGGAUCGCCUUCUUCUGCCUCACCCCUCCCCGUGUCUCCGCCCCGCGCCCCAUCUCUGACUGUCUCACCCGUGCCUGAGGCUCUGCGGGAGAAGGUGGCGCCCGUCCACCUUCCCGAGAGCACGGCAUCCAAUCCCAUCGCUGGACCCAAAACGGCGGUAAUCUCUCCGGUCCAGAACGGUAACUCCCGCUUCUGCCGGCUGUGCAACAUCAAGUUCAGCAGCCUUUCCACGUUUAUAGCUCACAAGAAAUACUACUGCUCCUCCCACAGCGCUGAACACGUCAAGGGAGCCCUCUAAUCUCUCUUCUUCCCCUCCUCCCAUGUCUUUCUGAGUGGAUUGAACGCCAAGAGACGCCCCCUGCUGGAGGAACCAACACGGAUGACUGUUACGUCCCAUCCUCUGCAGGUGGUGUUACGAACUCAGUGGUUUCCUCUCCAAAUGGGUCAUUUUUCACACACUAAGAGCUGAGACGCAUCCUCUUCACCUUCACGACCUGAACAGAGGGAUAUUUCAAACAGACUCAAUCGUUGUUAAUGUUUUUAUCCUCUGUGCAUAAUGUAUGUCUGAAAAACAGAAAUCUAUGAUGCUUUUGUUUCAACACUGGCUCUUGUUUUUGUUUGUUUUUUUCUGGGUGGAAAAAGCAGAAAUCACCUUGUUACUAAUUUACCGAAGGAUGGACGCUUUCUUUUCAUACGCGCAACAUUGUUUUUAUUUUUUCUUCAAAGAGCAAGGGAGAAAAGAAAUGUGAAAUAUUUAUCUUUGAGUCCUCACUGAUUUCACGUCGACAGAAAACUACCUACCUGUUGUCUGAGAGUAUUUGUAUUUUUUAUUUGUAUAUUUUUUCAUACUGUUCGAAGGCCGUGUUUGGAUCAGGUGUGCUGAAGUGACUUUUCUAAGUGUAGAUAUGUAAUAUCUUACAGUAAUCACUGGGAUCACACUGAGCUUUGUUAUUAUCAUGUUAGCGUUUUGUUAGCUGGUGGUGAGGUUUGUGUUCGUUAUUAUUUUUUUUUUCCUUCUCUGCUUGUUGCUGAUUAGAUGUUCGAUUAGAUCGCAGCGGCUCGCUGAUUGUUGAAGAUGAUGAUGAAGCCCUGCGGGUUUCAGGUUAAAUUAGUUUUUACCCGGUGAUGAAGGCACAACAUUGUGUUUGCGCCACAUGUUCCCAUGCAGCAGGACAGUGUUAGCUCAAACUGUGAAUACUUUUUGAUUUAGAAAAGACGCAUCAGGACGCAGUGGGGGCGAUCCGUCACAUCAUCACUCGGUCUGAUAGGCCGGCACUUAAAGCUGACAGGCCUGAAAAAGUAAACUCGUUUUAACCUCGUGUUCCCUCAGAAUACCAUUUCUUCUUCCAACAUUUUGGAUUUGAUCUGAUCAGACACAUAAGCAGCCUGAAAACUGUCUCCAUCCUGCCCAAUAUUAAGAAAUUAACAAAGAAAACCUUUUUUGCUGCUGAUUUAAAGAUCCAUUAUGUGGGACCUUUAACUUGCAUUUAUCAGUAGGUAGAACUACUGCUAAAUGCUGUUGGUUUGGUUUGUCCCCUCUCUGUUAGUAGUUGUUGAAAUCUCACCAAGUAUUUUUGGUCUAGUUUCCGAUCUAGUGCAAGCAUCUUAACACACUUGAAAUAAGGCAAAACUAACUCACAAGUAACUUUUCAGCAAGAUGGAGGAGCUUGUUUUAAGUAAAUAAGUUAUUAAUGUUGAUGAGACACUGAAAAUCUCUUGUUAUAAGUGAAAUAUUCUGCCAGUGGAACUAGUUUCUUAAUCAAUUUUAAGGACUUAUUUAUCCAAAACCAGCUCCUAUAAUUGCUGAAAAGUUACUCGUAAGUCAGUUUGGUCUUUUUUUCCAAGAUAUUUGCACCAGAACAUUAACAUUUCGUAGCUAGAAAAAAGAGCUUCCACCAAAAAACUCAGAAGUUUUCUAGAAAAGACAAGGAAAUUUCUGAGCCCCAAAAAGUCAAACAUUUGCUAGAAACAACUCAGAAGUUUUUAGAUUAAUUUCAGAAAAUUUCUAGAAAAAAACGCAGACAUUUCUGAGCUAUAAAAGCUGGAAUCUUUUACUAUUGAAACUCAGAAAAUUUCCAAAAGUCAAAGAUUUUUUUACUGCUAAACUUAAAUAUGUUUCAUGUUUUUUCUGGCAUAUUUCUCAGAUUAAUCUUUCUAGCAAUUUCUUUUAUUUUUGAAACUCAGAAAUUGACAUGGGAAAAUCCCAAUUUUAUGCUUAGCAGCUUAAAUUAAUAUGACGAUAUGAACAAGAACAUUUUCAUCAAUAUGAAGGAACUGUUGACUUAAAACAAGCUCCUGUAUCUUAUUGAAAAGUUACUUGUAAGUUAAUUUAGUCUUCUUUUAGAUUUACUAAGAUAAUUACACUAGAAACGAGACCAAAAUACUUGGUAAGAUUUGGUGUUUUUGCAGUCCAGACCAGGGGUGGGCAAUCAGAGUCCUGCAACUCUUAGACGUCUCCCUGGUCCAACAUGCUUGAAUCCAACAGCUGAAUCGCCUCCUAAAUGCAGUCAGGAUCUCCAGAGUCCUGCUAAUGACCUCAUUAUUUGACUCAGGUGUGUUGAAGUUGAGACGCAUCUAAAAGUUGCAGGAGACUUUUAGGCCCUCCAGGCCUGGAGUUGCCCACCCCUGGUCUAGUCUGUGUGUUGUGACAGCAGUAGCUCCACCCUAACCUUACCAUUAUGGACCUAUAACUAAACGGAACCCAGAAAUGGGACGGGUCAGUCAUAAGUCCAGCUUUCACAAUUGAAACAGACUAAAUAACGUAUCAAAUCGCACUGACCCGCACCAUACUACUCAAUGGAAACGAGGCAUUGGUCAAACACAACGGUUAAUAAUUAGUUUUCUGCAGGUUGAUCAUGUGAGACCAAGUUUGUGACCCAGUCAGGGUUUUUGACUGGGAGGUUUAGGCAAUAAAACUACCAGUUUGACCAAAUUUAACUUAGAUGCCACCAAUUCUCACCUAGAAAAUCAUGUUAAAUGAGACAUAAUGAAGGAUUCAUUAAUAACUUCCACACUAGAUGAAGAUCUUGCUACUGUUUUGGACCUAGACAAUCUUUUGGACAUGGUUGGAAACUUGACCUGCUGCACUCUUUGCAUGCCACAACUAGGUUUUAUCACCGUUUUUCAUGUCAGAGAGAUAUUUCAUCACACUGUGGCAUGAUCUAACGAUGACCAUGAUGCUGAAAAACACAAAAUCUUAUCAAGUUUCUUUGGUCUAAGUUCGAGUGUAAACUUGAAAUAACUUUUCAGAAAGACAUAGGAGCUUAUUUUCAGUCCAUAAUUCCCUAAUGUUGAUUGAAAAAGCUUAUAAACUGUUAAACAAGACAUUUUUCCCAGUGAAAUAAUCUGCCUGUGGAACCAGUACUUUAAUUCUGUCCCAUUGAAAUUAAUGUAAAACCUUAAAAAUUCGGCCAAAUUCAGAAAAACUUUGUUCUCUUCGACAGUUUACUACUUCAAGUUAGAAAGUCCAUUCAACUCCUAAACAAGUUAAAAGAUGUCAAUCUAUCUUCUUAAGAUUUGGCGUUUUGAUAUAUCUUUCAGUGUUUCUAAAAUCCUGCUUUUAGUUUUAUGCAAUUUUUUGGCCAUUGUUAUUUUUAGUGUAAUCCAAAACGGACAGAGUGCGCCCUCUAGUGACCGCCACUUUUACAACUGUGACUGCUUCUUCACAAACAAAAUGCUGCUGUUCACACAUAUUUAACUAUUAAAAAAAUAAUUUAUGCAUCUAAACGUAGCCUGGACCGACUGCUGAGGGGAAAUCUGAGCGUCAUCGCUGCAGGUCUGACAGGUUGUUUUUUUCUAACACGUCCAGAUUGCAGGCAUAUCACACCUCUUCCUAUUUUCUCUCUGUUUCUCUCUUCUGAUCUGUCUGCCAUCAUGAUGUCAGUAGAUGCUUUUCCAUUUCAAUUGUGUGCAAAACUUUGUAGAUAUUUUGCUAAUGUUAAAAAAACACAGUUUUGCAUUUGCGUUUUUUCCAUUAAAUAAGAAGCACAAUUAAAAUCACGCGAUAACUCACUGAAAAACUUCAUCUUUUUACUUCUUCCUGUCGUCGUCUUCGACUUUUCCUCCAGUAGCAACAUCCGGCUGUUGAGUUAUUUUACUUUCAAUUAAGCAAAUUCAUUUUUGUAAUUCAAUUUUGUGCUAUUUUAUGCAAAUAGCGCGAAUUGGUGUCAGGCACGCAACUUCUAAAUGCACAAAUGGGCCUGUCACAGUAACGAACUUUACUGAACUAUAAAUUAUUGCAAUAAACAGCAUCGCUCUUUUGAGGCUGUAAAAUAUAAUAUAAAAUAAUAGGUAAAAUAUUGAUGAUGAUAAUAAUUAAAGUUUGCAAUCUUAAACAUCAAUAAA